AUGGAGUCCCAAGCACCACGGGACAAAAACGUCCACAUCGACGACUCAGCUGCUUUGGAACAGCUCGGCCAUAAGCAAGAACUCAAGCGCAACUUUUCCAAAAUCUCCCUCCUCGGUCUCGCUUUUGCUAUUCUCAACACAUGGACUGCUCUCUCAGCGUCUAUCAGUCUGGCCCUUCCCUCCGGUGGUCCCAGCUCUGUCAUUUGGGGUCUUAUGGUUGCCGGAAUAUGUAACCUCUGCUUAGCUGCUCCUCUGGCGGAGAUGUUGUCUGCCUACCCAACUGCUGGUGGCCAGUACCACUGGGCUGCCCUUCUAGCUUGGCCACGAUGGUCGAGGGGUAUCAGCUAUGUCACCGGCUGGAUCAACGCGGCUGGUUAUGUCGUCUUGACAGCGACUGCACCUUUGCUUGGAAGUGUUUUUGUCACCGACGCCAUCACUUUUAUGCAUCCUACGUACGAAACCAAGCCCUGGCACCAGUUUCUUAUCUAUCUCGCCUUCACUCUCAUCGCUUUGGUCAUCAACGCCUUUGCCACACGACUACUCCCUCUCUUCAACAAAGCCGCUUUUCUCUGGAGUAUCUCUGGUUUUAUCAUUAUUAGCAUUACUGUCCUCGCCUGUGCCGCUCCCGAUUACCAAAGCGGCUCCUUCGUAUAUGGAAAGUUCAUCAACGAGGUUGGGUGGCCUGAUGGAGUGGCUUGGAUGCUUGGACUUCUCCAGGGCGCCUUUGCAUUGACUGGCUUCGACGCUGCGGCUCAUAUGAUUGAGGAAAUUCCAAAUGCACGCGUCGAAGGCCCUCGUAUUAUGAUCUGGUGUAUCCUUAUCGGCAUGCUGUCUGGUUUCAUUUUCCUGUCAUGCCUCUUGUUUGUUCUCAAGGAUGUCCAAGUCGUUAUCGAGUCCCCUUCAGGUGCCCUGCUGCAGAUGUACUUUGAUGCUACAGGCAGUAAAGCUGGAAGCGUUUGUCUUAUCGUCUUUUCCAUCGUCUGUAUGGUAUUCACUGCCACUGCUAUCAUGACCACCAGUGCGCGUAUGACAUACUCGUUCAGCCGCGACCGCGGACUUCCUUUCAGCCACGUCUGGGCCAAGGUCCAUCCCACUCUCGAGGUGCCUUUGAACGCGUUACUUUGGACAACUGCUUGGGUAAUUGUCUUUGGACUUAUCCUCCUCGGAAGCUCCAGCGCCUUCAACGCCAUCACUGCAGCAUCAGUUGUGGCUCUUGGUGUCACCUAUGCCAUCCCCCCUGCAAUUCAUCUCCUCCGUGGAGGCAACAGACUCCCCGAAGACCGACCCUUCAAACUGAGCACUCCUGUGCGCUGGAUUUGCAGUCUUGUUGGUAUUGCGUGGGCCAUCCUCACAACAGUUCUUUUUGUCUUUCCACCCGAGCUUCCCGUCACCCCAACCAACAUGAACUACUGUAUCGCUGCCUUUGGAGUUAUUCUGUUCCUUUCCGUCGGUACAUGGAUCUUUGAUGGAAGGAAGAACUACAAGGGCCCUCUUAUUGAGAUUAGCAUGGACGGCGCUACUUUGGAGGGUGCGUCUAUGGCUGAGACGACAUGCACGUCUAAUCUUGAGGACGAUAUGAAGAGCCACAAACCUUAG